AUGACGAAGGGAGCGUCAUCGUUUGGAAAGCGUCGGAAUAAGACGCACACGCUGUGCCGCCGCCGUGGCUCUAAGGCCUACCACCUUCAGAAGUGUGGCAAGUGUGGCUACCCUGCCAAGCGAAAGAGAAAGUAUAAUUGGAGUGCUAAAGCUAAAAGACGAAAUACCACCGGGACUGGUCGAAUGAGGCACCUAAAAAUUGUAUACCGCAGAUUCAGGCAUGGAUUCCGUGAAGGAACAACACCUAAACCCAAGCGAGCGGCUGUUGCAGCAUCCAGUUCAUCUUAAGGAUUUCAACGAUUAGUCGCAGAAUAAAUGUUCUGGCUUUUAAAAUU